ACGCAAGUUUGGCGGGCAGCGGUUCACCGAUUGGCGGGUCUUCGCUCCUGUAGUUAAUGGUCGUCGUAGCCGUCCGUGUAGCAUCAGCUCGAGAUUUUUCUUAAAAAACGAGGUUUUGCGCGAGUUGGUUGUGCAAAGCCAGUUGCCGAGCUGUCCAUAAGAUUCAGAGAUCGAGAAACGACACUCAUUUAAAAGACUAAAAGAUGAGUUCAAGCGUGUGCUACAAGUGUAACCGGAUGGGCCAUUUCGCACGAGAAUGUCCGCAAGGCGGUGCCGGAGGCGGCGGCCGAGGAGAUCGUGACCGUGACCGUGACGGUGGUUUCGGUGGACGGAAUCGUGGUGAGAAGUGCUUUAAGUGUAACCGAUAUGGUCACUUUGCACGUGAUUGUAAGGAAGAUCAAGACCUGUGCUACCGUUGUAACGGAGUUGGGCAUAUCGCGAAGGACUGCCAGCAGGUAGGAUCAAACGUUCCUGAAUUGAGCUGUUACAACUGUAACAAGACUGGGCACAUUGCUCGUAGCUGCCCUGAGGGUAACGACUCUGGCCGAUUCUCUGGACAGAGCUGUUACAAUUGCAACAAGACGGGCCACAUCGCUCGAAACUGCCAGGAAUCUGGUGGUAAAACUUGUUACGUAUGCGGCAAGACGGGCCAUAUAAGCCGUGAAUGCGACCAGGAUGAUAGGAAGUAGGAAACAACCGAAACCUCACAAAACAAUACACAUUUAUUACUGAUUGAUUGAUUGAUUGAUCGUUGGGGAUAGUAAUUAGAGUAGCGUUUUAAUCGCUCCAAGUAUCGUACCAAGAUCAUUCAAAAAACUCCCCCUGCCCUCCCCUCCGCCCACCGUUGUUUCUUCGCAAGGGUUUCUUAAAAUCUUUAAGUUUUUAUCGCUGUUAAUGCCACCACUGUAAACUAUAACAAUAUACUGGAGAUAAUACGAAUGAA